AUGGUGCGGCUCGCGCUGCCCGCGGGGCGCCUCCUGCUCCUGGCUGCAGCCGCCGCCGCCUUCCUGCCCCUGCUGGGGGGCUGCGCUGGUAAGUCCCUGCGGGCGGAGUGGGACGGUUGGUUGCAGAGACGCGGGCAGCAGCAGCAGCAGCAGCAUUCGCACCCAGGCCCCUUUGCGCCGCGGAGUCCUGUCCUUUGCGCCCUGUUCCCGCACCAUCAGCCACAGGCUCACGCGGAGACCUGGGCAGCAAGCACCUUCUUUGUCUUUGCCGUGGAAGAGAGCCAAGCCGCGGGUGAUCCUUGGAGAAGCGGCCCGGCUGGUUUUCUCCUGGCCGAUCGGACACACACAAACUCCAUCGCUGGCUUCCUCGUGGGCCCUUCCUCCUCCUCCUCCUCACAUUCCCUCCGCUUCUUCUACACGUUGAUGUCUGAUCCUGGCCAGGGUCAACCCGAGUUCAUCGGGGAAGGCUACUUGGAUGACCAGCUCUUUGCUCGCUACGACAGCGUCACGAAGAGGGCGCUUCCUCGGGUGCCGUGGAUCGAAGCCAUUGAGAGGGAGCACACCCACUUCUGGGAGCAGAACACGCGCAGGGCCCUCAACUCUGAGCUGAGGUUCAGGGGGGACCUGGUGACCCUGCAGAACCACCACAACCAGAGCGGGGGCUCCCAUACUUGGCAGCGCAUGUACGGCUGUGAGCUGAGAGCGGACGGGCGCCGAGGCGGCUACAUGCAGUAUGGCUACGACGGGGCAGACUACAUCAGCCUGGACAAGGAGACCCUCACCUGGACGGCCGCCAGCGCCAUGGCCCAGGUCUUUAAGAGGAAGCGCGAGGCCAACCUGGCCUACUCCCAGCACCUGAAGGCCUACCUGGAGGAGGAGUGCGUGGAGUGGCUGCAGACCUUCUUGGCCUACGGGAAGGAGGCUCUCAGGAGGAGAGAACCCCCGGCAGUGACCGUGGGCCGCACAGAGCGCUACGACAGCCGGGAGACCCUCGUGUGCCGGGCCCACGGCUUCUACCCCAAGGAGAUCAGCGUCGCCUGGAAGAAAGACGGGGACGCCUGGGUGCAGGAGACCCUCCGCGGGGGUGUCGUCCCCAACUCAGACAGGACCUACCACACCUGGGCGAGCACCCAGAUUGACCCCAAGGACAGAAGCCGCUACCGGUGCCACGUGGACCACGCCGGCCUGCCGAAGCCCCUCGUCUUGGCCUGGGAGGAGCCUGCCUCAUCCCGUUGGGGUCUCAUUGCUGGAGUUGUCUUGGUGGCCUUGGCUGCUGUUGCCCUGGUGGUGACCGGGGCCAUCUUAUGUACCCGUCAGCAAAGGCUGUUUCCGCACGGCCAGGGCCCAGACGCAGGGCGAGGCCAGGAAGUGCCGGAGAACCUGGUGGGCCUGCACAACUGGAGGAUCUCCUCGUACCUGAGAGGGCCCCUGCCUGAACCCGGAGAGGGAGGCCUCCCCAUGCCAAUGAAGCCAGAGGCCUAUACUGAGGGCCCUGCAGAGCCCCUCGCCAGGUAG